GAUCCAAAACACCGAUCGCCUGCCCCCGUCGAAAAUGGGCUGCGACGUGUUCAUCUGAAAUAACGUUCUUCGUGCAGCGAAAAUGAAACCCUUUCAUCUCCGCCACCCUGCUCCUGCAGCUCGUCAUCUUUCCCGCCACUGCACGAUUGGGCGAUCUUUGGCCGACCGCGGUGGCCGUGCAUAUGGAAGGUUCGAAAUUUGUCUUGCGACAAAAAUAACAUCGAGUUCGAGAGCACAAAACCUCCAACUCCGUUGCUUUUCCGACGCGCCGAAGCGACAUAACCUCUACAUCCCGAGAAAGGUGGCAAAAUGGACACUAGUGAAUAUGCAAUGCAAAAGCAUCGUAUUACUCGUAUAAAUGCAUUACAAAUUUCUUCUGCGUGAGAAAUAAAAGUUGUAUAUGCGGAUUUACGUUGAGCUUGAGAAAGAAAUUUGUAAUGCAUGAUUUGAAUUACUACGAGUACGAUACUUUUGCACAGGAUAGUGAAGGGGAGGAAGCAGCAAUCGAAGGUGAUUCUUCUCCCCCCCUACGUCGCCGCCGCGGAGUUACGGGUAAUGUUCAAUUUAGGCUACAGCGAGAUUUUCCGCUUGUUGAACGUCACUUUCGAGGACGGGGCGUACACCUGGAAGGACCAGGCAAACCGGGUGUUCAAAACGGCGAACAAGCGGUGCGUCUUGAUUCCGUAUAGAAUCGCCGCGGCGGCAGCCGCGGAUUUCGGGUUGGAGCCGAAAUUGUUGGAUGUAGAGCCGGAAUGGGACCGGAAGGUGUUGGCGGAACGGAUGUUGGAAGGGAUGAACAAGAAGGAUAAAAGUUCUGGUGAUCAUGUGCAGAUGCCCCUUUCGUCGACGAAAAAUACUAGCAUGACAACUUCCAUUAUCCCGACAGUCGUCGUCCUGGGGCACAUUGACGAGGGGAAAACCUCUUUCCUCGAUCGGGUGCGCGGGACGAAUGUCGCGAGGUUGGAGCCUGGUCGGAUCACGCAGGAUAUCCGGGCAUUCACGAUUAAGGAAGAGACGUGUGUUAGGCCCGGGAUGUUGGAUCCGUGGGAACAGGUUCGGGAGAUGGAGAGAAGGUUAUUGUUCUCUAGCGGUGGUUCUAGCAUGACAAACGCAGUUGUGCCAAGAUCCUCAACUACCGCUCUAGCGGCGUCCGGCAACACAGACAGCUGGUCCAGCACCGAAGAUCCAUACCUGGACCACGACAAAGACGCUUUAGCCCAGCUCUCCCAAGCAGAAGAAGAGAGCCUCUCCGAGUUGGACUGUAUGAGACGGAAGUUGUAUCUGAACUUCAACGAACAAACGAAACAAUUGAAAAAACAAGAAACGCCGAAACAACCGGAAAAUUUCGUGAAGUUCCAGGACGGGCUGGACGCGCUCGGACAAGAGGGAAAAGAGACGUAUUUGGCGAGUUUAGAGAAUGCAGACCUGAGCAUUUUGGAGAAGAACAUGCUGAAAAACGAGGAGGAUAAAGAGAACAACGGGACAAAACGGCCAGUACUGUAUUCCAAGCACAAGUAUCAAAUGCAAAUAUGUCUGGGUCUGGAAGAGACAAACUUGUGAUGCUGCAUUUGGAUGCUACAAAAAAUCUGCAUUGCAUGAGCAGCAAGAGGAGUCAAAUUUGGCUACACGGAGAGGGCAUUUGUCAUGCAGGAUGCGCAUCGAUAGGCGUCCAAAAAAUCUGUGAUGCUAUGGCAUACAUCACAGACGUCAUGGAUCAUGGAGAAUGUGCAUGACAAACUUCUCCUCUUCCAGACCCAGACAUUUUUGCAUUUGAUAACAAGCCGACAAACGACUACGCACCUAGAAGAAAUUUGCGGAUAGGGCAGAGGAUCACGGCGGAGAAUAAGGAGAAGAAAAGACGGGAAUUUUUGGAGUACUAUCCGAAUGAGAAGUUUCGAGACCACCACGCGAUUGAGAGGAGAUUGGACGAGGAGUUGUGGGAUAUCCCACGUGGUCUCUCCCCCUACCCCGGUUUUUCAUCGUUUUUCAAACUAUUGAGCAGGUCUGAAAAAUAAAAAAAUGCGACCCGGUCACAUGAUCCGAGCGUGUGGACCUGAGCGACAGAUUCUGUGCACUAGCUAGGGAAAAGGUGGACGAUGAGAAGUGACCUUGUGCACACUAGCCACUUUAUCCGAACCAUGUGAGAUAGCUAGCAAUUUUUAGUUUGUCACACAUGGGCCAUCCGAAAUUUGCUUCCACCAAAAUGCUCAUGUCCGAAAUCCGUGGAUCUCGGAUCUCGAGUUCAAGUCGAGAUCCGAGAUCUGCGGAUUCUGCGGAUCCGAAAACUAUUGAGCAGGUCAAAAAAAAUAAAAACUUGAGCUGCUCAAUAGUUUUACGUACAAUUGCAAAAACAUGCACUCCCUAAACGUGGAGCAUACCGCGCAAGUUCAUACUGCGACCCCGAACAAACUUGGGAACUCUGCUGCCAUCAUGCAGCAGAUAGUUUGGUCGAGCCGGUUUCUGCGCAUGCCAUGCAUGUUCGUAUUGAACCCCCGACGGAGAACCCAAAUCGACCCAAACCAAAAACCAUAACGAUCAUUCGCUUUAUUUUUUUGUCGUUUUUGUGCUGCGAAAAAUCCGGGAAAAUCCUCGGGGUAGUGGUCCGAACAUGCAGCGGACUGCGAUUUUUUUCAAAUCAGGCCCAUUGCGCCAAAGUGCGCAGCUUUUGUUGAUUUUUGCAAAUUGUGGGCCGGCUCAUGAUUUUUCAUUCCACUAGAGCCGGCCCACCAGAAUACUCGGAGCCGGGGCGUCAGAAGUUUGCCGAGCCUUUGGACCCAGAUAAUGUAUGUAAUAUUACUAAUGGCAAUACUUAUAUAUAUAUGUGCGCUGCGCGAAAUUCGGAUGGCUCACGCUUGAUAGUUUGCAACUUUCUAGCUAUCUCACAUGGUUCGAUCGAAUUAAUUAGCUAGUGCGCGCAGGGUACUACUUCAUGGUCCACUUUUUCCGCAGCUAGUGUACAGAGUCUGAUGCUCGGGAACCGACGUCGGCAUGUGUGAGCAGGUGCCGAAAAACAAAAAAUCAAACCUGCUCAAUAGUUGAAAAAACGAUGAAAUUCCGGGGUAGGGGGAGAGAACUCGCUCCAUAUGGGAAGAAGAGGAUGAGGGGGCGUAUUACGUGAAGGAGGCAGGAGGGGGUUGUGUUACUUCUAGUGCCCCCGCUGGUCUAGCAGAAGGUCAAGAAGGCGACGCGGAAAUGGGUACAUUUGACGCCGAUGCUCCUCAUGAGGGACGACGUACAACGCACUCUAUUGCAGCUAAGCGGGAAUAUUCGAGCCUGCGCGAGGGCCGUGUUGACAACAAGCCACGUUCAACUGCUCCAAAUGAAGCGGGAAUAGAAGGAGAUGAUCGUCGUGUGGCAGUGGCAGAGCUGAUGGAAGACACUGCGCCACUAGCCUCCGACGAAAGCGGAACUACGGGUUUUGAAGAAGAGAAAUCGAUGUCAGAGCGCAUGAACUCAAUUUUCAAUACCGCGGCAGGUACAACGACAAGCGAAGACGCUGGUGCUUUUUCAAAAACCGAAUUGGCUGGUGUUCCACCUUCGGAGAACGUUAAUCACUCCGAGGGCGUCACUUCAAUUGCCACAUCUUGUUCAGGCGGUGGGCGAAAGUCAAGAGGUACUUCGAAAAGGCCGCCGCCGUCGUCGUCGCCCCCGUUCGUAUCCUCCCCACGAGAUUCCGCUGCGCUUCUUGAAGAAAAAGCAAAUAAAAACGCUUUGUCGCAGGAGAAGCUUCUCCUUCAAAAAGAAACGGAUUUGCUGGAGCAGAAAAACAUCCAACCCGCGGUGUCUUCGCAAGACGAAUUCGGAAACAGCAAAAAUUUGAAGACGAAUUCCUACCCGCUGCAACUGUACAAACCAUUGGACACGAGGCCGAUUACCUGGAUUGACACGCCGGGGCACGAAUUGUUCGAACUCAUGCGCGGACGGACCACUUCUGUUGCGGAUCUGGCAGUAGUGGUAUUUUCGGCGGAGAAGCUGUUGAAGAUGGAGGAGGAAGUUGUCAUGCAGAGAACGCAUGACAAAUCAAGUGCCCAAACUGGUGGAGACUCCCUGCAAGAGAAAACGACGGAGCUACUCCUACACGUGGAAAAGUGGAAAACGCCGGUGCUGUUUGUCAUCAACAAAGUGGACCUGAUAGUAGCAGAUCAAAAUUUUCAUCGUGUGGCUGGUACUACUUCUGGUCCCGCAUCCACUUCCACUUCUAGCAGUCCUGCAUUAGAAAAAGCGAAGCAACUACUAGGACAGCAUUGCAAAGACCUCUUCGACGAGGGUACUCUCACCUACAACUGGGCCCCUUGUGCGGAAAAAGCACUGCCAAUGUGCUGUUUGAUGGGAAGCGCAAACAAUUUGAAUUCGGUAAAAACGGUGAUAGACGAAGUGCACAGGAUGUGUGGGGAAAUCUACGGUGGGGGGAAAAAUACGGCAGCCUCGAAUGUUGACAAAAGCCACAAACUAGAUUUUCUCGCCGCAAAACUCCCCGAGUCGACUGCGAUAACCGAGGAUGGAAAUAAUGAAAAGGCCGCUCAUACGCAGGAUUGUCAAAAAGGAACGAAGGACUCCACUACAUCCAAGCACGACGAUCCGCUGAAGAGUAGAAAGACGAGUAGCAGACCAUUUAACGGCCAACAUCCAGAUCAUCGCACUUCAACCACAUCAUAUUCCUCUACUGCCGCCGACCGCCUCGCUGCUUAUACCAGAAGAACCGACUUUCUUGUCAACGUCACUUCGCAGCCACAGUGCCUGGCCCAAAUUCUCGAGGUGGAAAAGACCGCGGACCGGGGGACGUUAAUCACCGUGAUUGUCAAAUACGGACAGCUGAAAAAAGGAUUGCAUUUCGUCGCGGGGUCAAGUUUCGGAAAAAUCGCGGAGAUGUACGAGGGAGAUGACGUUCUGAGGUUUCAACAGGGUUUGCAACACGAGUUGAGCGGUAAAACUCCGAACUUAGAACGCCGCUCGUCCCCCUACACGCGCUUGCUCCGUCCCCCGACCGUGGAAAUCGCGGGGCCGGGUGCCGCGGUCCGGCUCUCCGGCGUGAAGAAAAACAGUUACGUCAAAGGGGAUAUGAGCAACGGGGAUUUGUUAAUGGUGUUUGAAAGAUCUAGGUGCUUCCGCUUACACCAACACCGGUACCGGAUUGAAGAGUUGACGAAGUGCCAAGUUUAUGGAUUGCAAAAGUAUCGUACUCGUAUAAAUGCAUUUACAAAUUUCCUCAGCAUGAGAAAUAAAAUUUGUAAUGCGGAUGUACCUUAAGGAAAAGAUUUGUAAUGCAUGAUUGCAAUACGAGUGCGAUGCUUUUGCAGUGGAUGAAGUUUCCGGCCCCACGAUCAACGUCGCGUGGAAUUUUGACCCGGUGAAUUUGGGGAACAUAUGAAAUGCACAAGUAUCGCAUUCGUAGUAAUUGCAGUUAUAAUGCAUUGCAAAUCUUUUUCCUAAGGUCAAUCACUCAGCAUUACAAAUUCCAUUUCUCAAGCUGAGGAAAUCUGUAAUGCAAUUCAUGCUAGAAGUGCUAUGCUUUUGCAAUUCAUAGAACAGGGUAGAGGCCGAUUUUUUUCGGUCCAAAAAUGAAAAUUUGGUGUCGCCUGGGGCGAGCCUGAAAAUGUUGGGCGGGGACACAACGACCAGGGAUAGAAAGAGGAAAAAUUAUGGAGAUAAUGCUCUUGCGUCAACAGCCGACGAAGAUGAGGAGGAAGAGGAUUUGAAAAUCCUAGAAGACCUUGACAGUGACGAUGAGGAUGCAAUGCAGGAUGGCGAAAAUGAACUAGUGAAAGAAGACCGACAGUUUGGGAAAAUCGAAGAGUUUGGCGGAAACAGCGCGAAAAGGCCGGUGUUUGUGAAGGGGAAAGGAGAUCAGAACCAAAGCACAAGUUGUAACACCACUAAGCCCUCUUGGAACAUUUUGAUUGAGCCGGAACAAGCACCUCGAAGCAGCUCCUCUGGCGAUACAACGACAGCAUCUUCUCAACAAAUGAUCCAAGCCGAAGCUGAAGCUGCAACACAAGCUUCUGGCGGCCGAAAGAGUAAGCGCGCCGCAGCGGUUUCUAGGCAGAAGCUCGAGGAGGAAAAAGCGAAGGCACGGGCGGAGGAGGAAUUGCGAAAUUCUUCAUCAUGUAGAAGCGAAACCGGGCACCUGUACUACGUGGACAAGAUGAAAGUUGCAGACGAAAGAAUGCAUGUGUCUUCUGCAUCACAAGCUCCGUCCUCAUCCGCGUCUAGCAUGACAAGCUCUACUGCCGAUUUCGCCACGGAAGCUCUCCUCGACACCAGCACGAAAAAGUCCGCUUGGUACAUAUGAAAGUGCACAACUCCGCCUCCCCCUCCUUUGUAUGGCAUGACCAGCAAUAGAAACGCCAGCACGUGUGUAUGAUGUGCAUGACAAGUUAAUGCACGGACUGUAGUGCUUUUUGGGCAGCUUCCAGAGUUUGUCGUGCAAACAGCGCUACAAGGCAACAGCUGGAUUUGGGAUUGCGCAUCACAAAUGAGGGAAAGGGGGAAUUGUGGACUCUCAUAGUACAGAAAAGACAAACAAAAGUACGACGCGAUGGAAAGCCAACGGAAAUUACACGAAGAGGAAAGAUAUGCAUUGCAAAAGUAUCGUACUCGUUUAUUUCUAAUCGCAGUCAUGCAAUACAAAUUUCUUUCACAAGCUAAAUCAGCAUGAGAAAUUCCAUUUGUCAUGCAGCUGAGCUAAUUUGUGUUGCGAUACUGCGAGUACGAGGCUUUUGCAUUGCAUAGAAGACUCGCGGCGCGGGCCAUAACGAGGAAGAUUUUUGACCUGCCGGAGGAUACGGAUCCGGACUGGUUUGAAAAGAAACGGAAGGAGAAGGACCUGCGGCAGAGGGAGUUUGCAGAGCGCGGGCUCUACGAGUGGGAAACUUACAACACGGAUGAUAGAAGGAGAACAACAACAAGCAGUAGUAGCACCAGCGACCAGUCGUGCUCCACCGCAGCAGGUACUGGAGGUUUUGCAUCUAGUACUACAACUGAAGCAAGCAUAGAGGCCACUGCUCAUCUUCCCGCCGGACGACUUGAUGACACUGACGGCACUGUUACUGCAGAAUCCGAGGACCACCCUCGCGGCGAUGCACCUCAGGAAGCAGGCGGCCGUGGCCGUCGGUCGGCAAGGGGUAGUACCUCCGCUACCUCCGCUAGAAGAGCUGCCUCAUCUUCUGAACCCGAACACCAACAUCCUCUGCUCAAGGACAGCGAUAUUAGGCUACGUGAUUCCGGUCGUGCCGGGGUGGAUGCACUUACAGAGCACGAGGACCAGCAGUACCUAAGAACUACCCAAGCUAGUAUUGACAAACAAACCUCGUCAUCCCCCACAGCCUUCUACGAGCCAGAUGUAGUAGAUCAUGACAUCAUCUCCAACCACGAGCAGACUCUCCGGCCCCGGCCUGUGGUUUCCAUCAUGCUGCGCACGAAAAAUAUCGGCUUAUUUAUCCUGUGCAAAAGUAUCGUACUCGUAGUAAUUGCAGUCAUGCAUUACAGAUUUCGUUUCCAAGGCAAAUCAGCAUGACAAAUUUCAUUUGUCGUGCUGAGCGAACUUGUAUUGCAAGCACUACUAGUACGAUACUUUUGCAGUUCAUAUUAUUCGAUGCGGUGCAACAAGAAUUAACGAAGUUGGAAGACGAGCUCCAAGUCCGACUGCCGAUAGUCCACGGGGGGAUCGGCCCCGUCACACCUAACGAUUUGCGACACGCGGAGAUUGAGCGGAAGUACGGCUAUAUCCCGCGAAAAAACUGUUUCACUGUGAUGAUCUUGCAAGAUCUGCAUCACAAGUUUGUCACACAUGACACAGAAAAUUUGCCAUGCUCACUUCUCAAGUGAAAACACGCUAAAAAAUCCAACGUCUUGCAGGUGUAGCAAGACAAAUCGUUCGGUGCUCCAUUCUCUGCAUCACAAGUUCACAGUGAAGCAGUUUUUUCUUGCGAUAGGCUACUCGCCGGUGUACGCGUUUUUGUCCGGGGUGCACCCCUAUCACAUGCAAAUAUUUCUGGGUCUGGAAAAGUGCGACGUUUGCCAUGCACGUUUUGCAUGACCACCCGUGAUGUCUGUGAUGCAUGCCCUAGCAUCACAGAUUUUGCGAGGGCUUUCGGAUGCCCAUACCGCAUGAGAAAUGCCCUCUCCUUGUAGCAAAAAUUCUUGGACCUCUUAUUUUCCUGUUCAUGCAAUACAGAUUUUAUGUAGAGUCCAGAGGUAGCAUCACAAUUUGCAUCCUUCCAGACCACCCCGACAUAUUUGCAAUGCAUAAUCCCAUUGCUUUACGGCAUGCGGCCAUCAAAAAGCUGGAAAUCCGGAAGCACCGGACCAUUCAGAGUCUGUUGAACGACGUGAAGGAACGGUGCUGCAAAGUGCAGUGGAAGGUCGAGAAGAGGGUUGUGGAGCACGAAAAUGAAUUUGCGAAAAGAAGCAGGUUUAAGGCGAGUCUUUAGAAGUAGAAGUCGCGGACGAUCCGAUGCUAAGCGGACAGUUUGACAAAAAGAAGAAUGAACAUAGAUUGACGCAGCACCUGUUUGUUUCUGAAGUACAUUCAGAUCGACAUCGAAUGAAGGACUCACACAACAAAUGAAGGCUGUGCUGAACCUGAAGCUGAACUAAGAAAGAA